AUGGCAGAUGAUGAUGACGAAGGUGGUUUUGGAGGUUUAUAUGAAGACGGGCAUUGGGCAUGGGAUGAGACCACGGAACAAUUAGUCUUUAUAAGUGACCUACCUCCACAACUCAUUGAAGCUAUCCAAUUACCAAUAAAAGUGCCGACUGGAACUAUUGAGUUUAGGGAUGAUAUUGAUUUAAUUGAACAAAUCCGCUUUCGGCGUCGCUAUCAAAGGAAGUUGAAGCCUGGCCAACCAGAUAUUAUUACUUUACAGGAUGUCAAAGAUAUUGCAUUAUUCACAGCUCCGGUGAGCAUUUUAAGCCCUAUGCUGAUAAACGUGCUACACAUCCCUACGAUCGACAGGUUCCUUAGGGCGCUCAUCCUGUGCUGUCAGUAUUAUUUACAGAUAGCGGAUGAAAUGGCAAACCGCAUUAUCGAGUUGGAUACAAAAAUACGUACACCACAUGGUGAAGUUGUUGAAAGCGAGUUCCGAAACAACUUAUCGGAUGUAAGGCUUUUAGUGGCGAAGGAGUAUAGUACAAUGCUCAUCGGCGGAAGUGACACAAAAAAGUUCCAUCACAUGGGCCCAACCAAGAAACGUCGAUCGUUGUCAGAUAAAGAUGCCAGACUCUUUGAAACUCUGCUACGUAUGUGUGUGCAGAUAGUCUGGUUGGCACUUGGACGCAAGGCUUUUAAUCAAAUAGAGCUGGAAGUGAGUAGAGUGUUCAAAUCAGAGAUAUUUAACUCGACGGAGCAUACGUUACACACUGGUUACAUCGCCAAGAUGGCUAAGGAAGAGAAGUCGGUGCUGCUCGGUCAUUGCGUGCGUCACGACAAGAAGCUGAACACGCGUUCGCCUCUCAUGAACGAAGUGUUUUGCCAUCGGGACAUCGACUAUCGUCUGAUGGGACUUGGAGUGAUCAAGUGUGAUCAACCAACACCCAGACUACUCUAUAUGAUGGAAUCUCUCGCGGGUCCGGAAGAGAACUUCUCCAAGUUAGGAAUAGUUCUAGGAAUCCUCGGAAUGCCGCGAUCGAUCUACGAUACGAUGUUACGACCCUUGCCAACGGCAACCACCGAAGGAAAAUCGAAGGCUUCGAUAUCUUCUCGCAGUUAUUCAUCUAAAAGCACCACAAGUUCUACGAGGAGAAGUACGUUGACUGUUAAGAGACUAUAUCCUGACAUAGUUUUACCCAGAAGAGAUUCCAGGGUUAUGCCAUUUCCUGCACAAUUCAACGACGAGCCGGAAAAGAUCAAGCCGUCCAGCGAAACUCAGCGUCGACGUUGGCAGAACAGACUCCAAAGACUUCUUCAUCCACAUUAGAUAUUACAUAUACAUUAAUCUCGAA